AAUGAAUUGGUAAUUGCUAGAUACGCCCAUGCAUUAAUAAGCAAUUCGCUUUAAGUGUUGCAUUUUAACGAGGCAUUAUUCAGUCGUAGCUGCGAUUUUGUAAGGAUGUAGUCGUGCGCGGAAGAUGCAAUGCAUUUCGGUCGUCAGGAAGUAACUCCAUAAAAAUAGCUCUGCGUAAUAGGAAUCUAACGGGUCUCUUUUUGAAAAGGCAGCGAUGGCUAACCUGACUUUCGACAUCACGAGCCAGAUCAAGCACAACGCGUUCAACAUUCACCAGCCUAUUGCGAUGCCCAAGGUCAAAAGUGCCUCGAUAGCAUCCUUCAACGGGGAAGUGUUCCCUUAUGCCCUCAUUGUACUAGCCAGCGUCAUCUUCGUAUUGGGCAUCAUCGGCAUCAUCUACAUUUGCGUGUCUUGGUCUAAGUACAAAUCAUUCAAGGACCAACAUUCACAUCAUGCACGGCCUUAUACUGUGCCCGCUAGUCCUGCCAGGUACGAUUCGGUGUAUGUGGAACCGAACCUCAAAGAAUAUGAAACGCAGGUACUACAAAUGUGUGUACCUGUGGACGACCCAGACGAUUACAACGAUCUGCAUUUAGACUUCAGCGAUAAGAAUCACACUUUCAACUUAGAUAACGUUAGUUAUAUCAGUAAGGACAAUACGAGUAAGAAAUAUGGACAACAAAGUCCAGCAAGCAGCGAAUCAAACACAACGGCAAGGGCGUCUAGCGUCGGAGAUGCCCACAUGUCGAAGAACAACGAAAACUCACGACGCGAUCAUGUAUAUAGGUCAUCUGACGAAGAUGAUAUGAAUGCCAGUUCUUCGAAUGAUAAUGUGAUGUUUAAAGAAAAGAAAGACUAUUUGAAUAUAACUUACGGUUACGGAGAUCAUUCUCCUGUCGAGACGACAACCGAAUUGUAAAUGCUCCUUUUAAAUAGUCAGAUGUAACUAAUUUAUGUUUUAAUUUUGUAAGAAAGGUUUAUAGGUUAAAUUUUUUAUAAUAAAUUUUAUUCUUA